AGGGAACCUCGCCGCAUUGCGAGGCUCGCGUCGAGCUCGAACCCCCGACGCCAUGGCGCCCGCGGCGAGCCCCAGUGACUGGUACAACUCGCUCCCGCCCGUGUGCAAGGCGUGGGGCACCGCGUGCUUCGCGUGCACGCUCUUCUCGCAGUUUGGGCUGGUCGAUCUGAGGAACCUCUACCUCGACUGGGCGUUGGUGUCGAGCAAGUUCCACGUCUGGCGGCUGCUCACCAACUUUUGCUUCCUGGGAAAGUUCUCCUUCCCCUUCCUCAUGCGCAUGAUGAUGAUCGCGAGGUACGGCGUGUUCCUCGAGCAGCACACGUUCGCGGGCAGGAUCGCCGACUUCGUGUGGAUGGUGAUGCUCUGCGUCCUCGUCCUCGUCCCGAUCCCCGCGCUCGUCCCAUCCAUCCAGAUCCCAUUCUUCGGCCCUUCGUUGGUGUUUACGCUCCUCUACCUGUGGUCGAGGGAGAACCCAAACGCAAACACCAGCAUCAUGGGCAUGAUCACCAUGAAGGCGUUCUACCUUCCGUGGGGGAUGCUCGGCAUGGGCCUAGUCAUGGGCCAGGAUCCCGUCCCGGAUCUUCUCGGCAUCGUCGCCGGACACCUCUACUACUUCCUCGCCGUGCUGCACCCGCGAGCGGGUGGCGCGAGGCUCAUCAAAACCCCCGACUGGGUCCGCGCGUUGUGCUACGCCGCGUUUGGCGUGAGAAGCGCGCCGGCGCCGUCGUCGUAUGCACGGGGGAGGGACGACGCACGGGCGGCGGCGGGCGGGGUUGCGGCGAACACGGGGGGGGGCGGGAGCGACGGGGCGCCCCGGCGCCGCGCGUUCACCGGCAGGGGCCAGAGGCUGGGAGGGAACUGACGAUGUGUUGUGUUUCCCCUGGCGAGCUUCUGACUCUUUGGUGAUCAUCAACACAGGGGUUGCAAUGGUCCGCCCAUCAGGAAGCUAGCGAGCAGUUUGCACACGUCAUCUUGAAUGCGUAUCGGCACGGUGAUGUGGUAUGGUGCCAUGACUAUCAUCUCAUGCUUUUGUCAUUGAACCAAAUCCAAACAUCCAAAUCCAA